AUGCACACACAUCCAGACGAUGCAUCUGCGCACACCACAUGCUGCAUCUCCUCCAUCCAUCCGCAUCCCCAUCAGGAGAUCGCCAGCUGGCAGGCUGACGUGGAGGCUGAGUUUGAGCGUGCGUUUGAGAACACCAGCAAGCAACAAGUGUCGCCACAGGAUUGGCUCGCUGCCAACUGGCAAGGGGAGGCACUUGGGUCGCUGGUGAGUCAGCGCAAGGUGCAGCCCACUGGCCUUCCCCUGAAGACCUUGCAACGCGUGGUGAGGAACCGGGGAGAUGGUGAAGGGAGGGCGAGAUGCCACGUAGCAUCACCCUCUUCGUCCUCGCUUACCCCAUACCCCGCCCUUCUCUGUUUUCUCGUCCUCCUCAUCCGCUGCUUCCCGCUCUCCCUUACUCACCCUGCUCAAACCCCCCCGAGUGGCAUUUCUGCUGGAGAACCUGUUUUUGAGUCGACUAAAAAACACGCUCUCCCUUACUCACCCUGCUCGAACCCCCUUCCCCGGGUGGCAUUGCUGCUGGAGAAUCGCUGCAAAAUGAUGGCAACUGGGGAAGGCAUCGACUGGGCCAUGGCAGAGGCUCUUGCCUUCGGCUCGCUUCUUCUGCCAUUCGACCCGUCGCUGAACCAGACGGCAGACAGCAACCCCACCCAUGCUUCCUUUUCCCAUCCCAAUUCCAUCCGCCCUUCUUCCCCUUUCCCCCCAUCCAGCUCCCUUCUUCUGCCAUUUGACCCCUCUCUCAAUCAGACGGCUGACAGCAACCCCACCCAUGCGGUGCGGCUGAGCGGGCAGGAUUGUGAGCGCGGCACCUUCAACCACCGCCAUGCCGUCAUGCAUGACCAGGUACACCCCCCUACAGCACGUGGCAGCGGGGCAGGAGCGAUUCAUGGUGUGCAACUUGACUCGAGCCUGUCAGAAGCUGCUGUUGUGCCCUCAAAGUACACCCCUCUACAGCACGUGGCAGCGGGGCAGGAGCGAUUCAUGGUACACCCCUCUACAGCACGUGGCAGCGGGGCAGGAGCGAUUCAUGGUGUGCAACUUGACUCGAGCCUGUCAGAAGCUGCUGUUGUGCCCUCAAAGUACACCCCGCUACAGCACGUGGCAGCGGGGCAGGAGCGAUUCAUGGUGUGCAACUCGAGCCUGUCGGAGGCAGCAGUGCUGGGCUUUGAGUACGGCUUCAGCCUCGAGAACGAGAACGCCUUCGUGUGCUGGGAGGCGCAGUUUGGGGACUUUGCGAACAACGCGCAGGUGAUAAUAGACAACUUCAUAGUGAGCGGGGAGGACAAGUGGAUGACCCCCACGGGCCUCGUGCUACUGCUGCCGCACGGCUUCGACGGCCAGGGCCCCGAGCACUCCUCCGCCCGCCUCGAGAGGUACCUGCAGCUAGUGAACGACGAUGCCGACCACCUUCCCGGCUACAGUCCACACUUGGCCGCCCAGAUUGAGGCGGGGUUCACGAUAGCCGACCGCGACAACAAGGGCCACGUGUCACUCUCUGAUUUGCUGGAGUUCAUGCAAUCACAAUACGGGCUGGGCCAGGACUACGUGACGGCGCUUGCCCACCAGAUGCACAUCGACGAAUCAAAUCAAAUCUCCAAGGCGGACUGGGAGUCAUUCAUGGUGAGGUGGAUGAGGCGCAACGCACAGAGGGACAACAACGUGUGUGUCGUCAACCUCACCACGCCCACCAACUACUUCCACGCCCUCCGCCGCCAGGUCAAUCGGCAUUUCUCCAAGCCCCUCGUCGUCAUGUCCCCCAAGUACCUUCUGCAUCACAAGCCCUGCGCAUCACCUCUCAGCCAUUUCACAUCCGGCACAUUCUUCCAGCCAGUGAUAGCGGAUGGAGACAUAGGAGACAACAUGCGGCAUUUGCAUGCUGACAAGCUGCUGCCGCCCGGCCAGAUGAAACGGCUUGUGCUGUGCUCGGGGAAGAUCUACUACUCGCUGGCGCACGCCAGGAGGGCGAGGAAGCAGUGGGAGGUGGGGCUGAUGCGCAUCGAGCAGCUGGCGCCCAUGGCUGUUGACCAUGUAGCGCGGGUCAUCAACAGCCACUCUUCUGCUGAGCUCGUGUGGGCGCAGGUGGGUGCUCCUCCCCUCCUUCCCCUCCUCUUGGCUCGCUGUCUUUGCUCCUCCUCUGGGCUGAUGCGCAUAGAGCAGCUGGCGCCCAUGGCGGUGGACCAUAUAGCGCGGGUCAUCAACAGCCACUCUUCUGCUGAGCUCGUGUGGGCGCAGGUGGGUGCUGCUCCUCUCCCCCUUUCCUCUUUUCUCCUCCUUUUCUUCCCCCACUCUUCCUCCCCCCUGGGGGUUGAUGCGCAUAGAGCAGCUGGCGCCCAUGGCUGUGGACCAUGUAGCCUGGGUCAUCAAUUGCCACCCCUCUGCUGA